UGGUUACGAUUGGGCGGGCGGGGGUGGAUGAGCCAACCGGAACAUCAAGACGCCUAGGACCCGCAUUCGAUCGAUCGUACAUCAACCCUCAAGAUAAGAACGAAAGAUGGGUGCCUGUAAGCCAAGAGGUCUUCACGCUGCCCGUAAGCUCAGGAAUCAACGACGAGACAACCGAUGGGCCGACAAGUCGUACAAGAAGCGAGCGUUGGGUACCGCCUACCGGUCAUCUCCUACCGGAGGUUCUUCCCACGCCAAGGGAAUCGUACUUGAAAAGGUCGGUGUUGAAGCCAAACAGCCCAACUCCGCCAUCCGAAAGUGUGUGCGAGUUCAGUUGAUCAAGAACGGAAAGAAAAUCACUGCUUUCGUCCCCAACGAUGGUUGUCUGAACUUUUUGGAUGACAACGACGAGGUUUUGGUUGCUGGUUUCGGUCGGGCAGGUAAAGCUAAGGGUGAUAUUCCUGGUGUGCGAUUCAAAGUUGUCAAAGUAUCUGGUGUGGGAUUGCUUGCACUUUGGCUCGAGAAGAAGGAGAAACCUCGAUCGUAAAAUUGGUUGAUGCUAUCUCUACAUCCUCACAAUCUCUGCAAAGCAUCACAUUCGAACUUUAUCGCCCAUGCCCCUUCCUGUUCCUGCGGAGUGAUAAUAAUCUUUUAAGUAUGCAAUGCCAUGAUUUUUGUACACUCCUACCUCUUAGACGAUCUCCCGAGGUGAUCCAGCCAAAUAUCAAGCUUUUAUGAACUCGAACGUGCCACCUGUCCUUCGACCACGUGACGUCUGACUACUCUUCACCUACAUGACAUGUUUGAAUCUUUGCUAGAAUGCCUUGAGCCAAUUGGGGAGGAACUAUCUACAUGUGUUAAUCAACAAUAUGCGUAUCUUAAGCCAUUGCAAUUUACAAUCGAUUGUCGUUCCUUACCGACGUCCGAGCA